CGGUUACUUUUAGCCUUCGAAAAUUGAGUUUGGCAAUGAUUCAAUUGUAUGCACUUGUUUUUGUCUCAACAGCAUUAGGUGGCACCUCAAAUGAUGCCCCAUGUGUAAAUGGACUGAAGUACAUUCAUCGUGGGAAAAAUAUUAAUCUGAAUUGCUUUUUUUCACCCGUUGAUCCAGCAGCGACGGCAUGGUUCAAACAGACUCCAGGAGAAAAGUCUCUUCUCAUUGCUUCUGCUUUUGACACUUUACAAGUUAAAUAUUAUAAUGAUUUUGACAAAAGUGGCCGCUUUAAUGCAUUUAGAGAGAAAAACAGUUUUAAUCUGAGUAUCUCAAAUGCAGAACCAUCUGAUUCAGCUACAUAUUACUGUGUAUUUACAUAUUAUGCAGAUGCUACAGUAUUAGACUGCACAGUAUUAGUCCUCAAAGGUUCAUCUUCAAGUCUCUCUGCUGUUCUCCAGCCUCCUGUAUCAGAUCCUGUUGAACUGGGAGGAGAUACAACUUUGCAGUGUUCAAUACUCACAGAUGCGUCUGCAGGAGAUCACAGUGUGUACUGGUUCAGACAUGGAUCAGGAGAAUCUCAUCCAGGAAUCAUUUACACUCAUGGAAACAGGAGUGAUGAGUGUAAGAAAAGCUCUGAGACUGAUUCUCCUACACAGAGCUGCGUCUACAAACUCCCCAAGAGAAACCUCAGCCUCUCUGAUGCUGGAACUUACUACUGUGCUGUGCUCAUGUGUGGAGAGAUCAUCUUUGGAGACGGAACUAAACUGGACUUUAUACAGAAAAGUGUUUUGGACCCAGCCAUUCUUGCUUUAACAGCAUCAAACAUCAUCUCCAUAAUUGUGGUUUUAUUUCUGUAUAGAAAAUUACACCAAAGCCAUCAUGAAGAUGCUGCUGAAGGUCAUGCAGUCCAAGCAAAUCAGGGUGAAUGUGAUGAAGCUUUGAACUACGCAGCACUGAGUUUCACUAAUAAACCACCGUCAUCCAGAAGAACUAGAAGACAACAGAAGCCUAAAGACACUGAAGUUUACUCUCAGAUCAAAUUUCCCCAAUAAAACUGAACAACUGAACAGAAAAUAAUUCUCUCACCUUUUACUGCGGAUUACUCAUAAAAUAUCAACUGAGGAUAUUUGGGUAUUUGGUUUGAUGCCGUGCGAUCCAGUCUUCUUUAAGUUUCCAACCAAAGACAAAGUAUUUGAGGAUUAAAGUUUUGUACCUUGUUUAUCCACAUGUUACAUAUUUCUUGUCAAUUUCCAAUUGUAAUUGUACGUCAGUGCUACAUAAUAUCAGGUAUGUACUUUCUGUCUUCUGUGACUGACAUUAGUGUGAAAUUCAUCAGCCUAUUUUUAGUUCUGUGAUGUUUAUUAUUAAACCAACCUUUAUCAUUAACAUUAAA